CUGAAAUUAGAGUUACUGAACAGGAUCAUUUACUUUUUAUAAGUAACUUGUUGAAAGACCCUUCACAGCUUUUUCUUAACGCAUUUGCACAGGACGAAGUGAAACCUUUUCCAACAUGGAGCAGUGCAACUUUAUGGACGUCAUGGAGGACAUGGCCCUGGAGUUUACGGUGGACAAGGAAGAGCACCAGCUCUUCAUCCACGACUCACGCAUGCUGUCCUUGGCCAUUCAGCAGCAGUUGCUCCAGGAUGGUGCGGUGUUCCGGAACCAACUGGGACAGCUCCACAAAACGGCCUCCUUUGUGGACAACCUGUGCCUGGACAUGCCGCUCAACUUUGAGAUCUUCCUGCCCAUCCGACUGCCGGAGGCAGUGGUUCCCACCUACGAUGAGCAGACACGCAGUGUGCAGUUCACCAGAGCCAACUACCAGCACCCGUUCUUCUUCGGCAAUGCGGUCAAUGUCAAGUGUUUGAACCUUCUGCUCCAGCGGGAGCUGCAGCGGGCCAUUUCCAAGCUGAAGAGUGCGUCAUCCACGUGCACGGGUCGGAUAUACGACCUCAAGUACUCGGUGCUGAGCCUCAACCACGUGCCCUUCGUCCACCAAGUGGUGGCUCUGGAGCGGGGCAGCAACGGCCAGCGUUUCAUCCGCUUCGACUUCGUUCUGGCCGUGGAGUUCAAUGGCGCGGAUAUGACACUGCCACCAUACUUCAAGGCUCCGCUCAGCAAUCGAUGGCUUGCCUACGGCAGGAUGACUGUGGACGAGGAUCCCAAUCCGGCGGAGUGGGCUGUGCUGGUGCCCAAGUGGCAGGACUCGUCGCCCGGUGCCUGCCUCAUUGCCCUCAACUGCAUGGUCAUGCUGUUCCGCCUGAUGAGCGCCCAGCAGUGCUACUGCUUCGCCCUGCCCGCCUCCAUCAAGUUCGCCUUCGUCAUGGCCACCGAGGAGCGCGGCCUGGACUUCCAGCGGAUGAGCAUCGCUGAUUUGACAAUCACAACCAUGUUCCACCAGGUGUUUGGCAACCUGUACAAGGCGGUGGCCGGGAACACCAACGGCAACAAGGCCACCAGGAGCAGUCGCCUGAUGGCCAUCCGGAAGCAGUUGCUCCGUGCCCGUGGCGUCUACGCAAUGCUGGCGGAUGCAGUGCUGCGGAACUCGAUCCCCAGGGAUUUUGUGAACGCCUACCUUUGGUACAUCGACAUCUCGCCGCCGCCGGAAUGUUUCUAUCAGUCGCUGGUCGAAGUCCGGAACACCGAUACCCCGUUGAAGAGGCCUAAGCGAUGGCCAAGUGAAACUCGAGUGCGACGUUGGGGGAAACUGGGGGAGAUUGACCAUUACAAGCAGAACGGCCGCCAUUUACGCAACAAACAGCGAGCUGAAAAUUGGAAGGACGCGACACGCAGGACAACCGCAGGACCUUCAGCAGGAGGAGAAGCAGCUACCGAGAGCUGGGAGUUGGGAGCUGUGAGCUGGGAGCUGGGAGCUAAGCGGCAACUGGAGACCGACAAAAGUUUAUGUGAAAAACAGACAAUUAAUUUGUUGUGCAGCGCAAGAGGGACAACCAGGACAACAGGACUCGGUCGUCCAGGACACAGGACACCAGCCCAACCAUUUUGUGCUUGUUGGCAAAGAAAAUUUACGUGCCAAAGACAGUUGGUAGAUCCAGCUCAGGCAAAGAAGUCGAAUCCGGAGCAACAUCCCGGCACGGUGCAAAUGGUCAAACAUUUUACGCUUUUUGUUUAAUUAAAAUUGCAACAGGCUACGAUGUUCUCAUUGCAGCAACAGGAGGAUGGCAAAGAAAAUGCGAAAAUGGAAGCACUGAAACACUUGCU